AUGGAAACCAUUUUAUCAAAUUCAAUAGAACCUAUUGCAAUUCUCAAUGUUUAACAAUUAAUUGAAUCCAAUAUUCUCCAAGAAGAAUAUAGCAUUUAGAGUUUAUGUUAUAUUCUAGAUAAACUUUAAAAGACUUUGACUGAAUUCCCAAUUGGUAAUUUAAAUAAAAACAUGGAAAACUAUAGAUAUAAAUUUUAUAUCAUAAGGAUAUAUUGUAUCCUGUUUCUGAUUCUGAUGAAUGGCAGGAUAAAUAUAUUAUUUAAAGUAAAAUAAGACAAUUAUGGGAUCCUUCAUUGAAAAAGAAAUUCUAGAUAAACCUAAUAGAACUAAAAUAAUUUUAAUUUAUUUCUAAAAUAACGUAUCUUCAAAUAAAGAGAAUUACUAUUGUAAUUGGAAUAGGAAAUGGAGCUGAUCGAUUGGAGGAUAAAUUAAUAAAUUUCUUAUAGACUAAUUCUCAAGAUGUAGAAAUAGAAUAAUUGAUUAGAUAAUUAGAAACAGCUACUCAUCUUAGAAAACUAAAUAUUUGA